AUGGCACCCGGCCAAAAGGCAUACCCGCGCGGCACUGUCAAAAAGAUUAUCAAAGCGCAUUCGAACUGCAACUUGAGCAAGAAUGUGGACGUCAUGAUCUACCUCGACUACGUCCUGUACAUGCAGACACUAGUCAAAGAGGCCGCCAUUGAGUCAAAGAAGUCUGGCGAACGAGGCAUCACGGCUCGAAGUGUCAAGAAAGUGACCUCGGACACUCUUACCAAGUUCCGAGGUUGA